AUGGUGCGGCCUGGAAAGCCAGUGGAGGACCGCGUCCGCGAGCUAUUCCAUGGCGCUGGCGAGGGUAACUCAGCGCAGGCGCGCAAGGAACGGGAGGCGGAGCGCAAGCGCGCGUACGCCGCAGAGCUCGAAGCGCAGAUGCACGAGCGGCUGCAGCGCAAGCAUCAGGAGCGCGCCGAGCGUGUCGGCGUGCGCCACCAGCCCCCCGCGCCCGAUGCUGCAACGCACGGCGCUGCAGGCUGGGAAGCUGCGCGGCCGGCAGGGGCAGCUGUGAUAGCCGCAGAGCAGGCCUCCAAGAAGGCUCAGGAGCAGGCCAAGAAGGACGCUUACAGGCUGGAGUUGGAGGCGCAGAUCCGCGACCGCGCCGACCGCAAAGCAACCGACAAGCGGCAGCAGCAGGAGGAAGACCGCAGGAAGCAGGCCGAGAUAGCCGCACGCGGCGACCCCUGGGGCCGCGCCGGCGCAGGCGCGCCCCUGCGAGGGGAGGACGGCCGCGUGCUGACAGACUACAAGGCGAUGCGCAGCAGCGUGGCGGCGGCGCAGCAAGGGCAGCAGGGGCAGCAGGGAGCGGCUGCCUGGGCGCCUGCGCACCAACAGCAGCAGCCACAGCAUCUGCAACAGCAGCAGGGAGGGCCUCAGUACGCGUUUCAGGGUGAGGCGCAGCAGCAGCAGUGGGGCGGGUCCGGCGACGCCUGGGGUGGCGGCGAGCACGGCUCUCCGCUGCAGCGGCAGCAGCUCCCGCCGCAAAAUGAUGCGUGGAGCCCUGGCGCGGCCUCGCCCGGCGACAAGGCGUUCAUGACCGCCACAGAGGUGGAGCGGCGCGCGCAGGCGCAGCGCGAGCUGCAGGAUGAGCUAGCGCGGCAGGUGGCCGAGAAGAAGGCGCUCAAGGAGGCCCAGCAGCAGCGCGAGCAGGAGGCCGCGCGGCGCGAGGAGGAGCGCCUCGAGCGCGAGCAGGCGCGGCUGGCGGCGCAGUACGAGGAGGAGCGCGGCAAGGAGCGCCAGAAAGUCGAGAAGGAGGACGCGGCGGAGAAGGUGGCGGGCGCCUGGGAGGCCGCCAAGACCAAGGCGGCGCAGGAGCGGCGCAAGACACGCGACGAGCGCCGCGGCCGCGGCGGUGCCGGCGGCGACCCCGGGGACGACCAACUCUCGCCCCGCGGCGGGCAGGAGCUGCGGCACGAGUCGAGCCUCGUGGCGCGGCCGCGACUCACGCAGGAGGACAGCCAGGCGUUUGGCGCGUUGGCGACGCAGGCCAGCUUUUACACUUCCAGGCAGCAGCAGCAGCAGCAGCAGGCGCCGUGGCAGCAGCAGGCCCCCGCGAUGCCGAGGGACGACGGGCAGCUGUCUGCUGCUGCGGCCCAAGAGAUCGCCAGGCUGCGCCAGGAGGUGAUGAGCGAGGCGGCGCAGCUGCGCGACACUGUGGGCCGCCAGGCCACUGAGAUGGCCGGCCUCAGGGCCAUGGCGGCGGCGGCGGAGGCGCGCAGCGCAGCGGCAGCCAAAGAGCUCGGGCAGGUGCGGCGGGACCUGGCCACCACUCGGGACGGCCUGCAGAGAGAGACCCUCUCCACAAUACUGGCGGACUACGGCCCCGCCGCAGCCCCGCGCGUCGCGCCGGCGUUUCACCCGCCGCCGCUCAGGGAGCUUGAUCUGGGGCUGGAGCUGCCGCCGCCCGCGCCGGCGCUGCGACGCUCGCAGCAGCUGCUGUCAGGCGCGCUGGACGGGCCCUCGGAGCGCGCGCAGGCUGGCGGCCGGGCGGCGGCUCCGACGGCGGGGGUGCAUCAGUCUGGGGAGGCGCCGCUGCUGGCGGUUGAGUCUGCAUUCAUCUUCCCUGCGGGCAUGCGGCCGCCAACGGGCGGCGGCGGCGGCGGCGGCGGCGGCGGCGGCGGCGGCGGGCGUGAGCGUGCCGCGCAGGUGUCUGACAGCAUGGCGCAGCUCUGGGCGCGUCCCGCGCGGCACUCGUCCUCGGCGCCGGGCCUGCUGUCCGAGGCGGCCGCGUCCGCGUCCGCCGCCGCCGCGUUUGCGCCUCCGGGCGCGCUGUCGACCGUGCUGCCCCUCGACCGCAGCGCGUCGGCGGCGGCGCCGGGCGCGCUGGCGGCCCAUCACGCGUCCGCGCCGCUGGACCUGGCGUCGAUAGCGGCGCGCAACGCGGACAAGCUGCGGCUGCUGAGCAGCAUAGACCUGGGACAAGGCGGCGGCGGCGGCGGCGGCGGCGGCGGUGAGCCUGAGGGGGUUGAGGCGCUGGAUGCGUUCCUGAAGCGGUUCGUGGCCGAGCAGCAGGCGAUGCCCUCGUCGAGCGAGCUGCUGACCGCAUCAGGCAGCGGGCGGCCCUUUGGCGGCGACAGGGACGGCCCGGCUGGGCAGCAGCAACAGCAGCAGCAGCAACAGCAGCAGCAGACCAGGCCCCGCGCGCGCUGGGACGCCGCGGGCGGUGGCAGCCUGGACGCAACCAUCUGCGAUGCCGGAUUGGCGGCGGCGGCACCCCGUCAGUCACCGGGUGACGCCUCAAGUGACGCCCUGGACGCGGAGCUCAGCCGGCUUGGCCUGCUGCCGUCCUCCUCCGCGCGCCGCCGCAGCGACGGUUGCGAGGGCCACAACAGCGCCAGCGCGGGGGUGGGCAGUGGCAGGGGUGGGCGCGCCCUCAGCACCAGCAUCAGCAGCUUCGCCUGCCGCCUGGCGCAGCCUGCCCGCCAGCCGCCGCUAGGAAUUGGCGUGGGGCUGGGCAGCAGUCGAGAUCUGCUGGGGCUGCCCCUGGAUGGCGGCGCAGGGCAGGAGCGGGGCCCGCUCAUGGGGCUGCACGACAGCGGGGGCGGCUUGCCUGCAGUUGCCGCAGUGUUCUGA